AUGGCGGAGAAUGAUGACGACAGAGAUGAAAGUGCACUAAUUUCCUCAUGUGCGGGAUGUGGACAUCGAAUUCUUGACCGUUUCUUCUUGCGGGUAUCCCCGGAUAUGGAGUGGCAUGCGGCAUGUUUAAAGUGCGCUGAAUGUAAGAAGUCUUUGGACGAGGCAGGUACCUGCUUUGUAAAGGAUGGCAGAACUCUCUGUAAAGAAGACUACUACAGGUUAUACGGAAUUAAUUGCGGAAAAUGUAAAAAAGUGUUCAGCAAAGAUGACUUGGUGAUGAGGACUUGCAAGAAGAUCUACCACUUUGAUUGCUUUCGGUGUGAAAGUUGCAACUGUCACUUGCUCCCCGGAGACGAGUUUCACAUGCGAGAUGGACACCUGCUGUGCACCGCCGAUCAUGAUGUGUUUGAAACGGCGACCGGAGACCUCAACGGGCAUACCCCAGAAAACAUUUCCAAUGCUAAGGAGGACGAAUUGUCCCAUCUGGACGUGGGGUCACUCAAGCGCACCCCAACACCACUGCAGAGGACCACACGGGUGAGGACCGUCCUCAGCAAAAAACAAUUGCACAUGCUUCAGACCUGCUACAGCGCUAAUCCCCGACCAGACGCCCUGGUGAAGGAGCAGUUAGUGGAGAUGACUGGCCUGAGCUCCAGGGUCAUCCGAGUUUGGUUCCAGAACAAGAGGUGCAAAGACAAGAAACGAAGCACACACCCACACCAAACUCCGAUACAGAUCACACAAAAGACAUCUUCCUCAGGGGAGGCAGAUUCCAAGUCAUUGUCCUCUCAACUGUUGGAGACUCCCUGCAGCAGUCUGGUUUCCAGUCCAGUCUCCAGUGCAAUCCAUUAA